AUGAACAACACCAUCGUGGAAUCGCACCCGCUUAUUGACGCCGCCGAGGAAGGCCGAGAGGAAGUGGUGGAGGUCUUGGUCGCAGCCGGAGCCGAUGUCAGUCUCAAGGACAACCGGGGAUGGACUGCCUUGAAGGUAGCUUCUCGAAAUGGUCAUGUGGCAGUCACUGAAAUCCUGGCCAACAGGGGAGCGGACCUGAAUGCGAGAGACAACGAAGGAUGCACUCCAUUGUACGUAGCGUCCCAAAAUGGUCACGUCGCUGUCGUUGAGUCACUGGUUGCCAAAGGAGCUGACCUCAACGCGAAGGGAAUAAAUGAUGCCACACCGGCACACAUAGCUGCAUACAACGGCCAAAUGACGGUAUUGGAAGUCCUGAGCCGAAAGGGCGCUCGCUUGGAAGAGACCAACAAGGGCGGCGACACACCUCUCCACGACGCAGCCCGUGAAGGCCAUCUCCACGUCGUGUUUUUGCUCCUUUCCCUGAAGGUUUCCCCGCAGCCGAAGAACAGGCGAGGGGAGACGCCCCAGGAUGUGCUGAAGAGACCCUCCGCGACAACGAACUGCGACAUGGAAAUAUUCAGAGACAUCUCCAAGACGCAGAUAAUGGAGAAAUGGAUUGAAAGCGAGCGGGAAAUAUCCAACCUCACGAGGGAAAUGAGGACGCAGCAGAAAGACAAAAAGGACAUAGAUGAGAUGCUGCGAAAGAAGGAUGCCGAAGCUUUGAAGAUGAAAGAGGAAAUUUCUUCUUUGAAGGAUUCUGUUGCAAAGAAAGAGGAGGAUUUAGAAGCAUUAAAGACAUACAAGAGAAGAUGCGAGAGAAGGAUGCCGAAGCUGUGGAGAUGAAAGAGGAAAUUGCCUUUUUGAAGGAUGCUGUUGGAAAGAAAGACGAGGAUUUAGAAACAUUAAAGAAAAGCUACGAAAAAGACAAAAAAGACAUACAAGAGAAGAUGCGAGAGAAGGAUGCCAAAGCUGUGGAGAUGAAAAAGGAAAUUGCCUCUUUGAAGGAUGCUGUUGCAAAGAAAGAUGAGGAUUUAGAAACAUUAAAGAAAAGCUACGAAAAAGACAAAAAAGACAUACAAGAGAAGAUGCGAGAGAAGGAUGCCAAAGCUGUGGAGAUGAAAAAGGAAAUUGCCUCUUUGAAGGAUGCUGUUGCAAAGAAAGACGAGGAUUUAGAAACAUUAAAGGUGAAGCGCCAGGAGGAGCUGCAGAAGGAAGAGGACGACCGAAUGGACAUCGAGAACAAGGCAACUGACGAGAGGAGAAACUUCAACAUAGAGCAGUGCAAGCUAAAGGACAGAAUUAAAAAAAAGGAUGUGAGUUUCUUUGGUUGCUCACACACGUACGCAUGCAAGCAUAGACAUACUUACCGUUGCCGACACAAAUCCCUGGAGUUCGUCGGUCAUUGCCCGGCGACAUGUAGUUUUGUUUUGUGAAAUGUCUCUGCACAUAAAUGACUUUACAAGCGCUUAAUCACACAGGAGUGUUUAUUGGCAUUAAGCCAGUUGCUUAUAUUAGUUCUUUAUUCAUAUUAAAGAUGAGAUUGUCGAUAUUCUUGUCUGUUAAGUAAAUAGUACUGUCAUCUGCAAACAGGAUGGGUUUUAAAUUGGAUGAGACCUGUGGCAAGUCAUUAAUAUACAAUAGAAAUAAGAGGGGUCUUAAUAUGGAACCUUGAGGUACACCAUAAUUAAUUGGAAGAACAGUAGAAUUCUUGACAUUUGUGUACACGAAUUGUUUUCUGUCAGAUAAGUAGCUCUUAAACCAAGCAUAUGAGGCACCUCGGAUUCCAUAAUGAUGGAGCUUGUCUAGUGGGAUGUUAUGGUCUACCUUAUCAAAUGCUUUUGUGAAAUCAAAAAAUAUACUACAUAAAUCUCAUUAUUAUCAAAUGAACUUAAAACAUCGUUUGUAAAACAUUGUAGAGCUGACUCUGUUGAUCUUUUCUGUAGAAAACUAAAUUGAUACUCUGAGAGUAUAUUGUGUGCAUUGCAGAAUUCAUUUACUCUAUUAUACAUUAGCGUUUCAAGAAUUUUACUAAAUGCAUUUAAAAUAGA